AAGAUAGCGCUGGCUCUUACUUCUGUGAAGACACGUGACUGAUCUAGCCUGUGUUACACAUAGGCUGAAGAACAACACGGUCUUUGAGUUAAUGCAAAUAGCAUCACUCGUGAGUCUGCGAGUAUAGGAGCCUCGCUUUCUCUCUCUUUCUCUGCUCCACCAGCGCGCAGAGGGGGGGUUUUUGGCUCACGAUCAGUGGAAUGGGCCGGUCAAGUGUUUUACUAGCGAAGCAGAGUGGAUCAAGUCGGGGGUGUAUCUGAAAAGGGGCAGGCACUACUAUGUGAAAAAAUGAAGUGCCAAUCAUUCAUUCAGUGAGGCAGAUCGUGACUCGCCUAUUAGCGUCCACUAAACUAGUUUCUGCUGUGACUGCCGCUUUUAGGUGGAAAUGAAUACAGAAGUGUUAAUCAUAAUACAGGCUAAAUAAUAGCGGGGUAGUGCCUUGAUGACCCGGCGGCGCGGAUAGACAAUUAUCACAAUAUCGACGCUUCCUCUGCAAGUGCUCUGUCUCUCAGCUCCUGCGAUUCAAAGUGGAAGUUUACCGAGCCGCUGCCGCACCUCGGCAUACGCACUGAAACCUUUCGACUGCUGGGCUGGGCAGCAACGUGAGCAGCAGAACUGAGCAGAGAUCUCGUGUGGCUCGGUAUCUUCAACACAUCCCAUAUUAACAACCGCAAUGUCAUCUGUGCAAGCCAUCCGCCACCAGAACUCUCACAACUACUUCCCGAAGGAAGAGCCUGUCAAGGAGCCCCUUGAGAAGGUGUACCAGGUGGGGCCGGUGGUUGGCAGAGGGGGGUUCGGGACGGUCUACGCAGGGGUCCGCAUCAGCGACGGGCUGCCGGUGGCAAUCAAGUACGUGACCAGGGAUCGGCUGGGAGAGCUGUGCACCAUGGAGGGCCGGCUCGUACCCCUGGAGAUCGUGCUCCUGCGGAAGGUGUCGGUGGGGGGGGGAUCGCGGGGGGUGGUCCGGAUGCUGGAGUGGCGUGAGUGUCCCGACGGGUUCCUGAUGGUUCUGGAGCGGCCCCAGUCCUGCCAGGAUCUGUUCGACUUCAUCUCGGAGCGCGGGACGCUGCCUGAGGACACGGCCCGGACCUUCUUCAGCCAGCUGAGCCGCGCGGUGCAGCACUGCCACGCCCGCGGCGUCCUGCACAGAGACAUCAAGGACGAGAACGUGCUGGUGGACCUGCAGAGCGGCUCCCUGCAGCUACUGGACUUCGGGUCUGGGGCCCUGCUCCGAGACGGGCUCUACCACGACUUCGAUGGCACUCGGGUGUACAGCCCCCCUGAGUGGAUCCGUUCGGGUCAGUACCACGGCAAGCCGGCUGCGGUGUGGUCUCUGGGGAUCCUGCUGUACGACAUGGUGUGUGGAGACAUCCCCUUCGAGCAUGACGACGAGAUCACGCUGGGGCAGAUCCACUACCGCCAGCGCCAGCCCUCCGCAGCAUGCUGUCGCCUGAUCGAGUGGUGCCUGUCACAGGACCCCAAAAACAGACCCACACUGGAGCAAAUCCUUGCACACGAGUGGCUCCAUCCUGAAAAUUCAGUCAGCCAAUCGGACAGCAAGCUGGGGUCGGGGGCGUAGACAGGAGGGCAGGAGGGUGGGCGGAGCUCUUUGCUGUGGCCAAUGAGGCAGAAGCAUAUCUCACUACUGCGAGGGAGACCAACGAAAGAACGGAGAACAAGGGAGGGGGAAUAGGUGCCUUGCAAGACAAGAGCUCCAUCAGGUGGAGAGAUGAUCGAGAGCGAGGGAGGUGUGCGGGUUUGGAUUUCAGGAUCGAUGGGAACCUCAUGCUUGUUCAGGAUUUUCUUUGGGAUGGUCAGAGGGAUCUGGGAUGGACUCGGAGAUUCUUUCCCAGUGUUUUGGGGUUUUUUUGUUUUUUUUCUUUUUGGGUGAAUUCCUUGAAAAUAAAGAUGUUUUCCUGUGUUGGGAAGCUGGCUGGUCUGUGUGAGGAGGCUGCUGGAAUGCAGGUAGCAGGGAGGAGAGACUGAAGCAUGCCCAGUGUACGCGAAGCCAGAGGACUCAUGAUGCAUCGCUGUUUGAGCCGUUCCAUGUUUUUCUGAGAGCCUUAUAAAACGUGUAUCGCGAGCAAACCUCGUUUCUGAAGCAGAGGGAGGUCCAGCCUUGAUUUGAUCAACAUACAGGAGCUGAGGCUUUCUAUCAUUCAUUCAUUCACGUAUUCAUUUAUUUAUUUGUACAUGUUUAGAGCCUUGUACAGCACCAUGGACCCCCCCUGGGUUAGGUGGUUGAUGCGCUCCAGCCAGAUUCGUCAGUGCUGUAAAAUGCUCUAAAACCCGUCUGUCUUUUAUCAGAGUCUAGGAUGAUCGAAUCAACCAGUAAGGCUGACCCAGCUGACAGUUCCACUCGUUUAUUUUGGUUCUUUAGUGUUUCCAGCUGUUGUGUAUUAAAUAGUUCCAGAUCGUUUUCUCUUCCUUCAGUAGAGCCCCCCAGCAGUAUAAAAGGAACAGAUCUUCUCGCCGACUCGAUUUCGAACCGCUUGGGUCUGGCGCUGUUCUGCUGGAGCUGAGUUUCGAACCCGACCCAGGCAGGACUGUGUCCUGUGUCUACAGUUAUAGCUACCUCUUUCAUUCCAGUACUGUACCAAAAGAGACCGUUCUCCAGAAUGACCAACUCCAUUCUGGGGGAACCAUUGUUUUGAAAUCUCUGUUCCAGGAGGGACAUUUCUGUAACUCUCCUUCAGUGGAAGUGAUUUACUGUAAGUUUCUAGAAGGGGGAAACCUUUCAUGUAACACCUCCACCCCCCACCUCUGUUUUCUGUUGGCACUGCAUUGUUUGCAGUGACCGUGUGAUUGAAAGUAUGAGAGUAUUUAAAAGGGAAAAAUGAAAGUGUUACUGAAAUGUUACUGUUUCUUUUAAAUUUUAAAUUUUAUUUUUUAUG